AUGGAAGACAAAAUAACAGACGACUUGAAGCAUACCCAAUCGAUCAAAGAGGGGACCAUAAACGAUGCCUCCACAGCUGAAGCCUUAACUCUCUGCCGUGACGCAGAUGGUAUCGAGACAAGUCCUGAGCUCGAUAAGGCUCUACGAUGGAAGCUGGACCUGAGACUCAUGCCUCUACUGUGCUUCACAUAUGCUUUACAGUCAAUUGAUAAGAAUACUAUCAGCUAUGCUGCCGUAUUCGGCCUGCGAGAAGAUCUCAACCUCAAGGGAGAUGAGUUCUCUUGGACUGGUGGGAUAUUCUAUCUCGGUUAUCUCAUCUGGGAAUUUCCGACUAGUAUGUUUCUCCAAAGGUUUCCAAUUAACUACUUCAUGUCAGGAACUGUCAUCGGCUGGGGCGCCGUGCUCAUGGCCCACGGAGCCGUCAACUCCUUCACAACCCUCAUCGUCGUGCGCGUCCUCCUCGGUGCCCUUGAAGCAGCCAUAAACCCUGGCACCAUGCUCCUCUUCAGCAUGUACUAUACGCGAAAGGAACAGCCUCUCCGUAUGGGUAUAUGGAUUGGCUCCGCAGGAAUGGGCUACAUCAUCGCUGGCAUAGCUAGUUUUGGUAUUGGCCACGUCAAGUCUGCUCUACCUUCUUGGCGAGUACUCUUCAUUAUCUGGGGGUCCAUCACUGUUGCUUGGGGCGUUAUUCUUCUCUUCUUGCUUCCUGGUGCUCCCAUGAGAGCCAAGUUUUUGACGGCUGAUGAGAAGGCGAGGGUUGUGGCGAGGGUAAGAGGAAAUGGUACGGGUAUUGAGAAUAAGCAUUUUAAGAUGGCGCAGUUUUGGGAGGCGAUGCUUGAUUUGAAGACUUGGUUGUUGUUCUUGUUUGCUUUGACGAGUAACUCGCCCAAUGGAGGCUUGUCCGCGUUUCAAGGUCUUAUCAUCAAAGGUGCCGGCUUCAGUACCCUUGAUACGACGCUAUAUCAGAUGCCUUCUGGUGCAGUCCAACUUGUUGCAUGCGUACUUGCUUGUUGGGGAGCUUCCGUGAUCAAGAACUCCAGAAUUCCAAUCAUGCUUCUCGGUCUCGUUCCUUUCCUCGCCGGCGUCCUUGGCCUUCACUUCGUCCCUCAUAGCGAUGCAUACGCCCGUCUGGCAUGCUUAUGGAUGUCUUUCACAUACACAGCAACCUGGACGCUUAGCAUGUCUGUUUCAAUGGCCAACACAGCAGGGCACACAAAGAAGAUUACGACAAAUGCCUUGCUUUUGAUAGGAUAUUGUCUGGGGAACUUUGUCGGACCAUUCUUCUUCAAGUCUAACCAGGCGCCUCAGUACGAGCUUGGAGUCGGCAUGAUGUUCACUUGCAUCGCGAUUCAGGUGGCAAGUCUUGUUGCUCUCCUCGACGCACCAUCUUCUCCAGGCCAGUGGAGAUGCAGAUUAGCUGGCUCCUGGUCUAUACUGGCUCUGGGAGCCGCUCUUCAGCAGCAUGACUUUGAUGUUUUUGCCGCACCCGUGUGCAGCCGGAACGAUGUAGCCACGAACAGGCAUUGGUGGGGAUUUCCUGAGGCCUUGUUAUGCCAAGAGUGCUACGUCGACUGGGUAUCGCACACGCUUCUGGAUGAUGUAGUGCACGAACAAGGCGGGAUUGAGGGCGUUGCUUGCUAA